AGGAUCAAGCGGAGUCGAUGAAUUUGGACCUGAAGCUCACCAAGGAGAAGGUGGCUCUGCUGAUGCGGGAAUACCAAGACCUGCUGAACGCUAAGAUGGCUUUGGAGAUAGAAAUCACCACAUACAGGAAACUGAUCGAAGGGGAAGACGGUCGCCUCAGCACCGUGGUUGGAAGGCUGAGCCUGACCGACGGCUUGAACACGACGUUUUCCCCGGAUACACCAGCCCUCACCGGUACUCUAAAGCUCACAGAAGGUCACAAAGAAACAGGCGGAAGCAGCAAUGAGACGGCUGCAGCUUCUGGACAGUUAGUGGCCGAUUCUAAAGGAAUGUCACAUGAUCAGGCAUGUGCCGUGUGCGAGAGGAAGACGCUCCUCAUCAGGAAGGUUAAGACAGACGAGGACACGUAUGUGAGCAACACUAAGCAGUGCACCAUCACCAUUUCUGGAGCCGCUGAAGACACAGACGAGGAGUAAAGAAAUCGUCUAAGCUAAUGGUUUUUCUUGAUUUAGAACAUCAAAAACGUGUUGUCCUGCCUCUAACAAAGCUUCUGUCUUUAUUUACUAAAUAAACAACGAGCAAGCA